AUGUUACCGAAUGAUUCUGCCAGGCACCUGGCCAUUCUAGAUACUGCCAUGGAUGCUGCCAAUUUCACUCGGAAUGGGACUUCAAGCGGCACCCAAUGCAGUGCCAUCCUUAUCUCCUUCAUCUAUUCAGUGGUCUGUCUUGUUGGACUCUGUGGCAACUCCUUAGUUAUAUACGUGAUCCUCAGAUAUGCCAAGAUGAAGACAGCCACGAACAUAUACAUCCUGAACUUGGCCAUCGCCGAUGAGUUACUUAUGCUCAGCGUGCCCUUCCUGGUGACCUCGACGUUGCUGGGCCACUGGCCUUUUGGUUCUUUACUCUGUCGGCUGGUCCUCAGCGUGGAUGCUGUCAAUAUGUUCACUAGCAUCUACUGCCUGACUGUCCUCAGUAUGGACAGGUACAUUGCUGUGGUGCACCCCAUCAAAGCCGCCAGUUACAGAAGACCCACCAUAGCGAAACUGGUCAACCUGGCAGUGUGGCUGCUCUCAAUCAUGGUCAUCGUGCCCAUCAUUAUCUUUGCAGACACAGCCAGCAACUCUGAUGGCUCGGUUUCCUGCAACAUACAGAUGCCGAAACCUACCAAGCGGUGGCUAGCCGGCUUCGUGGUCUACGCGUUUUUAAUGGGCUUUCUGAUCCCAGUGGUGGCUAUCUGCCUGUGCUACAUCCUUAUCAUUGUCAAGAUGAGAGUGGUGGCUCUAAAAGCAGGCUGGCAGCAGCGCAAAAAGUCCGAGAGGAAGAUCACCUUGAUGGUUAUGAUGGUGGUGACGGUGUUUGUGAUGUGCUGGAUGCCUUUUUACAUCGUCCAGCUGCUCGAUGUCUUUGUGGGUCAGCAGGACGCCACGGUCAGCCAGCUCGCCGUCAUCCUGGGCUAUGCCAACAGUUGUGCCAACCCCAUCCUCUACGGCUUCCUAUCGGACAACUUCAAGAGAUCGUUCCAGAGGAUCUUGUGCCUACGAUGGAUGGACAAUGUUGCAGAGGAGCCCAUAGAUUACUACGCCACAGCUCUCAAGAGCAGAGCGUACAGUGUAGAAGACUUUCAACAGGACCCAUCAGAAUCGAAUAGUAUGUAUCACAAUGGUACCUGUACCUCAAGGACCACCACCCUGUGAGUUAGCACAAGGAAAGGCAGUUGUAGGGAAGAAAAACAGCCCCACUGACUCCGGAGAAAUC